GGGUCUCUCCCCUCUCCGUCUCCGCCCUCUCCUUCCACCGGCGGCCCCCUCCGCGGAGGAAGAGCAAAGGGAUAAAGCCCUAGAGUUUGGCGAGGGAGGGCGGAGCCGCGGCUGCUGGUCGGUGGUCGCUACAUCGGAUCUCCCCGCCGCCGUCGCUUGAACCUAGGCCUUUGUUCUCCUUCCCCGUGAGGUGCCGCAAUGGCCGCGAAAGGCUCCUCAUCCAACAUGGAGAAGGAGCAGAUGUUUUGGAUGGCGGAGAAGGAGAUGGAGUACAGGGUUGAUCUCUUCAAUAGACUUACACAGACCUGCUUCGACAAGUGCGUUGAGAAAAGGUAUAAAGAAACUGAGCUCAAUAUGGGUGAGAACAGUUGCAUCGAUCGAUGUGUUUCCAAGUACUGGCAGGUGUCAAACAUAGUUGGUCAGAUGCUUGGGAACCGGCCUCAGAUGUGACCUGGGAAGCACUAGUUGCAUUUUUGUAGCAUAAUCUGUCGCUCUGUUUCCCCAUUUUGGUUGGUUUUACAAUGUGGCCACCUGCUAGUAAGUGCUCCAAUACAGCACCAGUGACUUGCUAAUUCAUGGACCGCCCAAAAGGAAAUCCCAAUGUCUUGCACUUUCCAGGGAUGUGCCUUGUCUAUGAAUCAUGAACAGCGAACAUGCUUGUAAUAAUUUGAUACAGCUCGAGAGAACAAUUCUGUUGCUAAAGUUGCACCUGUCUGGUAGUUGAACUAUUGUAUCGAUGCAUUUGGACUGACAUAGCUGGUGGAUUCGACUUUU